CAGGGCUGCCUAUAAAGAGCAGGGGAGAUCUGUUCACCCUCCAGAAGGACGCAGGCAGCAGUGAGAGCCCAGGCCCACCUCUGCGGACAAAAGAGCCCACACGCCGUGCACUGCUCAGCAUCAUGGAGGUCCCCGGGGCUGCCCUCGCCGUCCUCCUCUGCACCAUGGCCCUCUGCAGCCAGGUCUUCUCUGCACCAUUUGGUGCUGACACCCCAACAGCCUGCUGCUUCUCCUAUGUCUCCAAGCAGAUUACACGCAAGUUCAUAGUCGACUACUUUGAGACCAGCAGCCAGUGCUCCAAGCCUGGUGUGAUCUUCCAGACCAGAAAAGGCCGCCAGGCCUGUGCCGACCCCAGUGAGGCCUGGGUCCAGGAGUACGUGACCGACCUGGAGCUGAACGCCUGAGUGGCCUGGAGGCUUUGAGAACCCAGUGACCUCAGUGGGCUGCCUGGGGAGCAG